AGUAGUAGUAGUAGUAGUAGUAGGAGUAGUAGUAGUUUUAGUAGUAGGAGUAGUAGGAGUAGUAGUAGGAGUAGGAGUAGGAGUAGUAGUAGUAGUAGUAGUAGUAGUAGUAGUAGUAGUUUUAGUAGUAGUAUAAGAAGUAGUAGUAGUAGUAGUAGUUUUAGUAGUAGUAGUAGUAGUAGUAGUAGUAGCAGUAAGAGUAGUAGUAGUAGUAGUAGUUUUAGUAGUAGUAGUAGUAGUAGUAGUAGCAGUAAGAGUAGUAGUAGUAGUAGUUUUAGUAGUAGUAGUAGUAGUAGUAGUAGUAGUAGUAGUAGGAGUAGUAGUAGGAGUAGGAGUAGUAGUAGUAGUAGUAGUAGUAGUAGGAGUAGCAGUAGUAGAAGUAGUAGUAGCAGUAAGAGUAGUAGUUUUAGAAGUAGUAGUAGUAGUAGUAGUAGUAGUAGUAGUAGUAGUAGUAGUAGUAGUAGUAGGAGUAGUAGUAGGAGUAGGAGUAGGAGGAGUAGUAGUAGCAGUAGUAGUAGUAGUAGUAGUAGUAGUAGUAGUAGUAGUAGUAGUAGUAGUAGUAGUAGUAGGAGUAGCAGUAGUAGAAGUAGUACUAGCAGUAAGAGUAGUAGUAGUAGCAGUAGUAGGAGUAGUAGUAGUAGUAGUAGUAGUAGUAGUAGUAGUAGUAGUAGUAGUAGUAGUAGUAGUAGUUUUAGUGUUGAUCACUAUGAGCCAGACCCUUAUGGUCCAUGCGGCAAACCCACCAUGUACGUUCCCAACGGGGGCUUUGAUUUAUACGACAGCGAAAAUUAUUUACUUAACAUUCCUACCCAAUGCACAAGCUCCAUUGCUUGGCUGGAAUGUGAGCCUGUGGUUUACUGUGAUAAUGGAUACAAGUUCUCUGGUGAUGUUGAUCUCGUAUGUCAGAAGAAGAACUCAACCUAUGAAUGGGUAGGACCUACCCCAAUCUGUAUCAGACGAGAUGAACCUACGAAUGACCAAGGAAACAACGACCAAACAAUCAACUCCAAGAUAUGGAAUCAUGAGCCAGACCCUUAUGGUCCAUGCGGCAAACCCACCAUGUACGUUCCCAACGGGGGCUUUGAUUUAUACGACAGCGAAAAUUAUUUACAAUGCACAAGCUCCAUUGCUUGGCUGGAAUGUGAGCCUGUGGUUUACUGUGAUAAUGGAUACAAGUUCUCUAGUGAUGUUGAUCUCGUAUGUCAGAAGAAGAACUCAACCUAUGAAUGGGUAGGACCUACACCAAUCUGUAUACGAGAUGACCACGACCGCCACUCCAAAAAGUGGAAGAUAUUAGGUAUUUCAGUUGGACUGAGCUUGGCAUUGACAGUGUGCGGUGGCCUUGUUAGGGGAAUAAGGAAUAUGCAAGGACAACGGCAGAGACGCGCCAACUGGACAUCCACCCCUCCUACAGCAAAGCCUGCUUCUCCGCAGUCCAAUGAUCACAGGAAUUACCAGAUUUGAGAGUAUAAUCUAAGUAGCAGUGCCAGUCAUUGGAAUGACAUCAUCUUCCUAUAUAUAACAUGGAACAUCCACAUUGCAAAACAACACGAGCCCUGGCUUAUUACUAAAAAAAAAAAGUGGCGUUGAGAUGAAUUACAUUUGAAUUCUGUAGUCGUCGAUCUGCUUCUGUAUUUUUAUUAUCUGAAAAUAUAAUAUGUUUUCAAAAAGCUCAGUAGUCAAUGAUGCACGAUUUCAUCUAUAACUUUGACUCAUAUAUUCUUUCAUCAACUAUCCGCACAAUAAAAAAGAAUCAAAGAAAAUAAAAAUGUUAUUGUUAUAAAUAAAAUGCUAUUAACAGUCCCUUUUCUUUUCUAAUGGAAACUUUUUACCGUUGCCAAGGGAGAUGGAUCCCAUGGCCCUGCGGAAAGCGGGGGGUUCUGAAGCAAAAUUGCAGCUCAUUGUAGCGGAUCGAUGCGACCGGAACGGCGUAACGAAAAAAUAUGCGAAGCUUUGGAGCGGAUUUCUGUCUUCUUUUUUUUUCUCGAUAAGAAGAAAAUACUAUGCCUAGGAGCGGCUUUGUUAUUUUACUCAAUAAGACAAAACUGCUAUGCCUUGGAACGGAAAUUGAGUGUAAAAAUUGGGGUCCCCUCCGCGGCACAUACCCACUAUGCAUUAUAUACUGAGUGCCCCCCCCCCCCGAGCCAAUAUGUAUAGCAAGAUGCACGUAUUUUAAUUUAGACUGAUGAAUGUUAUAAAACAUACACUUCCUUUGUAAUCUCUUCUGUAAAUAGUGUCAAUUAUGGUCGUGAAUAAUCAAAAGUAUUAUUCUACAGUUAUGAGUCUACUCAAUCUGUUAUUUCAGAUUAACCUCUAUUAGCAUUAAUUUUCAAGGUGGUAUUUUAUUCGCCCCAAAGGAGUGUAUCAAAAUGAUACAGAAUGAAUGAAUGUCAGUUCCAUUUGGAAAUUUAGUUAUUUAAUUCAUACAAUUGUAGUUAGAAUCACAUUGAGCAGUAACAUAAUGUAGACCUAACAUCAUGUAACAUCCUUCAUUAAAAGCAAAACUCAGCUGUUGU